GGAUAGAGGUCAGCAGAGACCACAGUGGAGAGAAGAGUGGUGAAAGACCAGACAAAAGAGUUUGUCUCUGGAGGGAGAGACUGAACAUGCUGAUAAUCAAGUCAGGAUGUUUGUUCUGAUCUGGGCGACUUUCCUUUUGUGUGUGUGUGCUGAAACAGGCACAUCACAACAAUGUUAUGGACAAUACUGCAUCACACUUAGUGAGAGACUAACAGCAGAGGCUGGACUCUGUGUUGUGAUCCCGUGUUCUUUCACUACUGGUUUUGGAUUUACACCCAAACAUAUAGUUUGGUACAAAUGUGGACCAUAUUCAACAUGUGGCUAUGAUGAUGAAAUAAUAUUUGACAGCAAAAACAAUAUCCGCAUUCGGUAUGGCUUUGAAGGACGUGUGUCACUCUUAGAGCCUGAUAUAAGACAGAAGAACUGCAGCAUCAUCAUUAAUGAUCUCAAAGAGUCGGAUUCUGGAUCGUAUCGGAUCAGAGUUAAUGGUGAACGGAAUUUGAGAGAAGAUGGAUUUGCAUCUAUUCAAAAGACAACUGUCUCAGUUGAAGGUCUUAGUCAGAAACCCAGAGUUAAGAUUCCCACACCGACAGAGGGACAGCAGGCCACACUGACCUGUGUUGCUCCUGGUCUCUGCUCUGGAUCUGUUCCUGAAAUCACCUGGACAUGGAGAGGAGCACGAGGGACUGAUUCUUACAUUACAGGAAACAUUACUUCUUUCAGGACUAAAAAUCUAACUGCUUUCAGACAAAGACACAUUUCAACUCUGACUUUCAACUCCUCUGCUGAACACCACAACACCAAUGUCACCUGUAAAAUCCGUUUCACUGGGGAAGAAACUACAGAGGGGGAUUCAACUUUAAAAGUAAACUAUGUGAAGGAAGUUAACGUCACUGGGGGCACAAAUGUGAAGGAGGGUGAAACUCUGAAUCUGACCUGCAGUGUUGAAAGUUUUCCUCCAUCUCUGAUUAUGUGGUCUAAACUUGGUUCUGAUAUAACCCUGCACAAUGACACUGGAUCAGCCACAAUCUCCAUAAUUAAUGCUACAACUGAACAUUCUGGACAGUACGUCUGUACAGCAAAACAUAUGAACAAUACCCUGCAGGAAAACAUCAACAUAACAGUAAUAUAUAUAAGGACACCUCAAACCAUUGGGAAUACAAUCAUAAAGGAGGGAGAUGUUCUGAACCUGACCUGUAGUGUUGAAAGUUUCCCUCCAUCUCUGAUCAUGUGGUCUAAAAUUGGUUCUGAUAUAACCCUGCACAAUGACACUGGAUCAGCCACACUCUCCAUAAUUAAUGCUACAACUGGACACUCUGGACAGUACGUCUGUACAGCAAAACAUAUGAACAAUACCCUGCAAGAAAACAUCAACAUAACAGUGAUGUAUAUAAGGACACCUCAAAUCACUGGGAAUACAAUCAUGAAGGAAGGAGAUGUUCUGAAUCUGACCUGCAGUGUUGAAAGUUUUCCUCCAGCCCUUAUCAUGUGGAGAGACCUUAGCUCUAAAACAAACAGCAAACAUAGUGGAGUUUACACUGACCUGCAUAAUGACACUGGCUCAGCUACACUUGUCAUCCAGAAUGUGACAGCAGAAGAUUCUGGACAGUACACCUGCACAGCAAAACAUCCGGACACAACUGUAACAUCAUCUGUCAGUGUGAUCGUGUCUUGGUUUUCAAAGAUCCAGGAUGGCUCUGGAUGUGUGCUUCAAGCAGAGGUUUUGACCUGUGUGUGUAUCAGUGAAGGAUUUCCUUUACCUACCAUCAAAUGGCCGCUCCUAGGAAACCACAAAGAGUACUCUAUCAAAACAACUGUGUCAAACCACACAGUCAACAGCACUGUCAGUCUAAAUGUAAAAAACUAUGGCAACAGCACUGUUGAAUGUGUGAGCAACAAUGAAAAGGGAGAAGCAAAAAAAAAUCUAAUGAUCCAAAGUGUGUCCGAUACAGUGGCUCAGUCAUCAGUUUUGAUCCGGGGAUAUUUAGAAAUCAUCAUUGCCUUUUUGAUUGGAGUAGUUCUUUCUGCAGUUGUUUGCUGUUUGAUUAAAAAAUGUUCAAGAAAAAAAACAAAGAAUUCUGGAAAUUUGGAUGAGACUUUGGAGAUGGUAACAAGUCAAGACGAUCCACAGCACAUAUAUGAUGGUCAAGAAACACAAGACAAUCAGUCCGACCCACAAGAAGAAGUUGAAGAUGAAAGUGUGGCAGCAGAGAAAGACGUGCCUGAACUCAGCGGUGCUCCGCAAGAAGUGGAGUACGCAGAUAUUGAUUUUUCCCUGUUGAAAAGAAACAGCAAGUCAGAGAGAAAGCAAGAAAGCACAAAGACGGAGUAUGCUGAAAUUAAGAAAGCAAUAAAAGACAAACAGGAAGAUGAAAUGGUGAAGGGCGAGGAGGAGGAGAUGAUGACAGAGAUGGACUUGAAACAAUCUGAACCAGAAAAGGAGAAAGAGGAAGAUGAGCCAGUGUACUCCUCUGUGAAUGAUAUAAUCGACAAAAUUUGAGUUUUAUUGCGGGUUUCCUCGGAUGAAUGUUCUUUGAUCUGAUUGUUUUGUGUAUGAAUAAUUCCACUUUGAACCAUUUUUCUCACACUGUCAUCUCCACACCUCUGCGUCUUAAAGUAGGGGCUAUUCAAAAUAAGGACUGGAACUGGAACAUAAUUUCCUAAUCCCUUGUUAUUUUGCUGUCAUGUUUUUGGUUUAAUAACCUUUUCAGGUAACAUUUUAAAUGUUUUAUUAUGCAAGGGUAAGUGUGCCUCUUUGGACUGAACACAUUUGCCUAACAUGUAAAAGGUCCCCAGUCAGGACCAAGAGAAGAUAGCAGGCACAAACCAAGCCUCAGGGCAUCACAAGCUAGUGUACUCCUAGUUUACAUCCCAAUCCCCAUUGAAUGGGAGUGUUAUGCCUCAAAAAUCAUUAGGCAUAAAAUCUGAGCCAAAUCAUAUCAGGUGUGGCAAUACUAACUUACCUAGAUUGUAUAAGGAUAAAUACUUGCUUUAAACGUCCAACAGGUGAGCACUUUUUAAUGGCCAAUAUUGUUCUCAUUCUGGGAAAAUGUUAUUCAACAAAUUCUUCCAGGGAUGCUUUUCUCUCUGGGCAUUCUGUCAUAGCUUAAUGAGAUUAAUAAUUUUGAGUAUAAAACAUGUCUACUGUAGGUUAAAUGCCCUCUGCACAUUUGUUACACUCACCAGCAGAGGGCAGAGUAAACCCUUAAGUCAGACUGUAUCUUGUGGUCUGUCAUGAGACUGUGAACCUGGUGCUUCUGCACUGACAGCUUGUAUAUUUUGCCUGGUCCUGUUUGGUGAGGUAAAAAAAAAAAAAAAAAAACGUUAGAUUUUCUACACCUCUGUUUCUCUAUUUAAAUUGUGUAAAACAAGCACAUUUUAAACUGUUAAAACUGGUACAUAUUUUACUCACCUGUUUCAUAUCAUUUGUAUUUUUUCUGCGUGUCAUUGUGUGGUGUAAAUGUCUUCAACUUUUUUAAUUUAAAUAAUUAAUAUCUAAUUUAAUUAGUAAAUAAUUAGUAAGCAUGCACAAAUCACACUUUGUAUUUGUUUGAUUCCUUAUGUUAAAUUAUGCUGGACUAAUUCCUGACAGUGUCUGCAGAACACUCCACUGUCACUGUGAUCCACUGAUCUAAGUAAAAGUAGUAAAGACACAAAUACCUCUGCAAAUUCUAAUACUACAAAUUAUUGCAAUCAUAUUGCCUGCUGACUGUGGGUUAGUGGUAGUGAUGGGCAAAGCGAGGCUUUGCGGAACUCUGAAUCCUUUGACGCAUUUAUGCAGGACUUGUGCGGAUUAAAAAUAAUCGGACACCCAUCUCCACAGUGACACACCUUCACCCACUCUUUUGCUAAUCGUCACAUUUUGAUAAAAGCUAUCUGUGGCACAGACAAACACUGCACACACACACACACAACGGCGCAUACUCAUUAUUACCACAUGUUUGGGUGGAUGGAUUUUUUUCCGUUCCAUUCAUUCACAGUAGCAAUACACCUGCACAUGGGAGUUAGAGCUGAAAAUUUGUGCCUGUUUAAGUUUUCUCCUUGAAAGCAGAGGCAGUUUCUCUUGAGAUAAUUUAAUAAAUUUUCAGCACAAUGCAUUACUCUCUCUUUCUCUGCUUGUGGAAGUCAUUGGAGUCAGCGGGGGAGCUGGUCCCAGGUAGGGACUACUUGCCUGUCCCCACCCCAGGGAAAAGGGUAACAUCUCCUGGGUCUAGGAGCCGAUUGUCCCUCCCGGGUUGAGGGUACCUGGACCUGGGGUAUAGAGUAUGUUUGGGGAGUGUGAGUGUGUGUAAGGUGUCGAUUUCUGUUUGUCUCCACGUUGGGUGAGUGCUGAGUAUUUGUAUAUGUGUUCAAAAGGGUGGGAAUGCAUGUUUGUGUCUGCGUCUGCCUGUUUGUCUGUGUCUAUAUCUAUGUCUAAAUCCUGUGGUAAAUCAUGUUGCUUCAUUUUUUUCAUUUUUCUUUUUUUUUUUUUGUGGAAAUUAGGUCCUGUUUGAUUAUGGAAUGAUAUGAGGCCUGAGUGAGGCAGGAAGAUAUUUUACUCAGAAUUGUGGAAGUUGAGUCAUACUUAGAGCUGUCAGCAAAUGACCACCAGAUGUUAGAGCAAGAAGAUGAAAGUUCAGGCAAAGGAAAAAAAAAACAGGUUUUGAGGAGCCUGAGAAGUCCAUUAUGGAUAAAAGGAAUUGUGUAAGCUAGCGCUCUGAAGUUAUGGAAUUUGGUUUGUAAAGCCCAUACAGGACACAAGGCCUGUGAAGGGAAUUUUUCCAUGGCAGCUUUGUUGAAAUCUAUUUAAGAGAGCUUUCACUUUCCAGAGGGCUUUAUUAUUUCCCCCCUUAUCACAGACGUCAAGAUCAUUUGUUAUUUUGACAGGCUGCCAAAUGCUGAAGAAUCUGUCUCAACUUAUUGACCUGUUAUAACCAGGAACCGUUAAAUUUUAAUCUACUGAUGAAUGUUUCAGUUCCAAAAUGUUUUCAGUUUUAAUGUUGCUUUCAGAA